AUGUUCAUAUCUCAGCUAUUCAAGCGCAAAUGGGAUCCCCGUGGUCGACAUUGUUACAUCACAGGUGGCUCGUCGGGGCUGGGUCUCUCCUUGGCCAUCCUUUUGACCAAGAAGGGAGCCGACGUGUCCAUAGUCGCACGCAACGAACAGCGGCUUCAGAAAGCACUUGAAGAGUUGGAGGCCGUACGCCAGACACCCAAUCAGAUUCUGAAGGCGUAUUCCUAUGCGGUUGAAACUGAACAGGGCGCUGCCGCCGCGUUAGAGGCUGCUGCUCAAGCACAUGGAGGCAAAUCCCCAGACGUCGCCUUUCUAUGUGCAGGAAGGUCAACUCCGGGCUUUUUCGUUGAGCAAGAUGAGGCGUUUCUGAGGAAGGGCCUCGACGACACAUUCUGGGCACAAGCAUCGUCAGCAUUAGUCAGCACUAAGAGGAUGGUCCGUCGACGCGAGAAAGGGAAAAUCGUCUUUGUCUCAUCAGUCCUCGGAUACUUCUCCAUCGCUGGCUACUCAGCAUACUCCCCCGGAAAGUUCGCUCUCAGAGGCCUUGCAGAAGCUCUCCAGUCGGAAUUGAUACUAUAUGGUAUAGAUGUGCAUAUUUGUUUCCCUGGGACAAUAUAUACUCCGGGCUAUGAGGAAGAAAAUCGAAAUAAGCCGAAGCUUACUCUCAAGAUCGAAGAGUCGGACGGAGGAGCAACCCCAGAGGUAGUUGCAGCCGGACUUUUGCGAGGUGUACAGAACGGUGAUUUCCACAUCACGUAUGAUUUCAUCGGAAAUGUCUUCCGCGCAUCGACGGCUGGGUCUUCGCCACGUAACAGCACUUUCUUAGACAUGCUAUACGGUGUGAUCGGCUUCAUUGCCCUACCUAUAUGGAGGCAUUCAGUGGAUUCGACAGUUCGCAAGCAUCGCGCUGAACAUCAGGAGUAUCUCGCCGCACUUGGCAUUGACCAGCCCGAAUCUGCUCGCUAA